CCACCAAAUUCGGGGGGCUAAGAAUUGGGGCUUUCUUUCGAUCUCUCCACUCCACGAUUCCACGCUCUGGGGCCCAGGAGCCAAGUCUCUUCCUCGACGCUCCACCGUCCGCUGCACCUCCAUCUCCGGUGGCGCCUGCCGGCCACCGAAACCCGUAGGAAAAUGUCUGCAUAUGAGAAUGUUGUCGGUGGGAAGCUUAAGCUGAAAGGAAAAGCAUUAGAUGUCAAGACAGGUGGGGUAAAGAAGAAAACGAAGCAGAAGCAUCAUUAUAACCGCGAGUCACAAAUUGAAACACAUGAGCCUCCAGCAGGUGAAAGUGCAGGAGUAUCAACUGAUCCUACUGAAGAAAGCACUGAAGCUGACAAGCUCGGGGAUGGACAUACACCGGCUUGUGAUGAUCACCUUACACCAGCUGAGAGACGGUAUGUGGAACAAAGGGAGAAAAUCAACAGGCAUAGGCUGGCAAAGACUGCAAACAAAUCACAUCGUGACCGGAUUCAGGACUUCAAUCAGUACCUGGCAAAUCUUAGUGAGCAUUAUGACAUUCCCAAAGUUGGUCCUGGUUAGCUUAAUGACCCAAUAUUGAAAGCAAGCUGGUCCAACUUUAGAAUUGUGGUGUGCAUUGUGUGGUAUUGUUUUGUUAUGUUGAAACCUUUCAAUAGUCCCCAUUUAUGUUGGGAACAGAGACAGCCAAUCUGGGAUGUCAGUUGUAGUGCUUGAUGAUCACUGCACAUAUUUUUAAUGGCCUUUACUAGCUCUGAUUGAGAUGGAUUUUCUUCUGCAAAUCA